UCGUGUGGAGACUAAUAAAGAUAAAAUGUCGGGUCGACUGAAAGCUGGUGGGUCGAGUAAGCAUCGGCCCGGGUCCGUUCAAAAAAGUAUUUCUUCGUUUUUUAUCAAACCGUCACAGGAGAAGUCUGGAGAUAAGAGUGUAAACCGAGUAAACCAGGAUGUUAGUGUGGCGCGAAGCAACAGCAAUGUUCGGGAUGUCCCGGUUGCAGCUGUUACACCAUUCCAUGUAAACAAUGAUACCUCAAAUAUUAGCAGUGUGAUUGACACGAUUGAUUUAACGGUUACCAGCCCUCGGCCAAGAAAAUUUCAAUACAAAAAGCCGAAAGCUUCCCUGGCAAGUCAACUUUUUGACGAUGACGACGCAUCAAACGAUAUUCUUUCCAGUGUCAUCGAGAAAAUCGAAAGAAAAAGAGAAGAAAAGGAGAAAGUUAAAUCUCCAAAACCUGGUAAGAGUUCUGACUCGGCUUGGUUAAAGGAACUUUUCGGUUCAACCCCUCCUCAGAUUAAGAAAGCGGAAUCUAAACUUAAGAAACCGGAAGUUAUCGACCGGGCGUUGAUAUCUCCCUCGCCGUGGGACGAUGAUGAUGAUUUCCAGCAGGAGGCAUGCAGUUCGCCUGCGAAGGUAAGAAAAUCUCAGGAAUUUCGGGGAACCCCGGUCAAAACCAAUUCUCGAGGAUCCCCUGUCAAAAAUAAACCUCGAGGAACCCCGGACGAUAAUAUUUCUCCAGAAACCCCGGUCGUUAACACACCUGAUAUUGGUGGACCUCCAAUUGAGGACCUCGAGGCCGUGUUUGACGAGGAAAUGGAUAUAUCCAUGGAGGAGGUGGAGGAGGAGAUGUCCCUGGAACACAGGAUUUUAGCAAAGAAAAACUUAUCUUCUCAGAAUAAGUUCGCUGGUUAUACGCCAUCCCAGGAGAUAAGUCCCGUUAAAGGUUUGCUCCGAUCUCCCCCCAGUACACCACCUCGCCCUGAUCUACUAGAAACCUGCCCUAUGCUACCUAAAUCUGAUGUUAAGGAGCUAAAACCUACUCAAACCAUUCCUGAAAGUCAAGAUAUCAUUGAUCCUUCUCCGGUGAAACCGAAACCCUCUCGCCUCUCUUCAAUAGGCCGACUCCGUCUGAGCUCCAAAUUCAAACCAAACGAAGAAUUUGCGUCUGUUAAAAGUACAAAUUUACACCCAAUUUCUCCAGCUGAUCCUGGGAUAGAACGGUUAAAACCUUUGAUAUGUAAACUGCACGAACUGUUCUGUAGGAUUCGGAAGGAUCAGAGUUUUCACAAGGCUGUCACAAAAAUCAACACCACGGACUUAAUGAAACAUGAGGAAUGGCGGUGUGAGCUAGAAAGCGGGUUUGCUGGAAUGUUUCUGCUCUGGAACGUUAGAUCCGGGUUUAAACUUCCGGAUGCCUUAGCCAAUAAGAUUGAAGCUGUAAAAAUAUGCGCGAAGAAAAUCCUGGACCGGUUAGCGGAAUACGAAAAGCUCGAAAAUCGCCCGGAACCAUGUCGAAACCUCUAUGUCCCAGACCUCGAGGACGAACCGGACUUUCCACCGUUGGAGGACGAGGACAGUCCACCGUUUGAACCUUCAGAACGUCGGCUCGAACCUUCAGACCGAUCCUCAAGUCCAAUCCUAUUCCGGAGCUCUAAAUUGAACUCUCCUGUGAGUAUCCCGGAAACCUGCGAGGUUUCUCUGAAACCUAAAAGUUUUACUUUCAAGAAACCAGUUUCAAAACCUGUGAAACCCCUGGUCGAGGAGGACGAUUAUGAAGAUCCAAGUGAUUUGCUUAUCUGUGAUAAACCUGACAAACCUUCGUACAAAGGAUUUGAUUUCAAUGCUCCGGGACCGAGUGGCUCAUUCUCCAGUAACUACACUCCAACAACAUUCUCUGG